UGGACACUCUCAAGGACGAGGUGUGCGUGUGGUCGAGGUUACCGAAGACCCCUCUGUGGAUUUGUCAUUUUGUAGACUUUAAUAAUCUGAUCUCAUUUAGUCAAACCAGUCAUGUCAUCGUCCAAGUUUGCAGACUUGCUUCCAGAGAACUAUGGCUAUGUGUUGUUCACAACAGUGGGCAGUACAUUUGUGAACAUGUGGAUGGCCUAUAAUGUUGGCAAGGCCAGGAAACAGUACGAGGUGGAGUAUCCAGAUAUGUACAGUCCAACCAGCAAGACGUUCAACUGUAUACAGAGAGCACAUCAGAACACAUUGGAAAACCAGCCAACCUUCAUUGUGCUGAGUGUUAUUGGAGGAUUGCAAUAUCCUAGACUAACAGCUAUUGUAGGCUUUUCCUACCUGGUCAGUCGGGUUCUCUAUGCCAAGGGAUACUACACUGGAGACCCCAGUAACCGUAAGUGGGGUGCUUGGGGCCACUUGUCGAUGCUACUUCUCCUGGGACACACCAUUUCCUUCUGUGCCCAUCAGCUCAAGUGGGUGCCUCUUGACAACAUUAGGAGCUUCGUAACCAUCAUGAAGUAUCAGUGGUAGAUUGCUUGUCCAGGUAGCUCCUGGUGGUUGUAUCCCAGAUGUAUGGACACUCCAACAUUCUUGAUUCAAACAUUUUCAAUAUGGCCUAAUCUAGACUAACUGUGAGACAGUACAUUUCCAUGUUGCACUGAACCUGAUGAGGAGUAAGCAUGGUGUGAUAGCUUCUGAUUGAUCAGAACUGAGCAAAUCGGUAUCAGGUUAUAUAAAACAUUGUCAGGUUUUUAAAGUAGUACUAAUUUUUUGUCACAUGUUUUGCAAUGUGAGUAUAUGAUUGUUUUAUAGAGCUUUUUUGUAAAGGUACGUGUACUAGACAUACAUGUAAUAAAAUUUAGUAUGUCUUAAUUGUUGCUCAGAGGUUUUUUUUUUGUGGUGUUCAUUAAGAACUCUAAUGUUCCCAGCUUUUGAAAAAUUGCUGUUAGUUUUGUUAAUCUGUUUUUAGCUGCAGCCCUGAUUUUACAAACAUGCGUUUAGAAACUUCUGCAGGACUGGAGAUAUUUGGCACGUUUAAGUCUAGAUUUAGAGAGACUGGCUGUAUGUUAGGCCCGUGAUUAUGAGGAAAUUUAAAGAUUGAUUUGUUUGUUGUAAAUUGCUUAUAGAAAUGCAUCUUGUUUUGCAAGAAUAUAGAAUCUAUGAUAUGUUUUAAUUCUGAAUGAAAUUUUAAUGUUGGAGCUAAUCUAGUGGUCCAUUGACAGAAUUAGUGAACAGAAACGUCUGCUUGAAUCCUAUAAAAAAUGUAUAGACAGAAAAUAAAAGGUAUUAAAAUGCACACUUCAUAAAAAAAAUAAACAUCUGUGCCUUAUAUAUAUAAUGUUGGAGAUUGUGGAAAUAGGAAUGCUAAAGAAUAGAUAGGGAUUUAGUUUAAUUUUAAGAUCAGUCCAGAGGAAUCAUGGUUUGCGGGCAAAUUGUAACAUGUGAUCAAAAACUCACAUUUUUCAGGCGUGCUUUGUUUGUAUCAUAUAUGCAUAUAAUUUUGUUAUCACUUGUAACUGGUGAUGUCUGAGUUGUAGGCUUUGCUUAUUCUGAAAUGAUAUAUCAUUAAUAAAGUAUUGUCAAGUGUGAA